GUUGCGUGCGAAGAGCUCGACAUGUCAUUCAGAGGAAUCCGCCACCUGAAAGGCGAGGAAGUGCAGGCGACUCAAUUGGCUAUAAAGCAUCAGGCAACAUCUGCAACGGCGAGCGCGACAAAGCUCAUGAAAACAUCAGCUCGGAGCUCUUCGAUUGAUUUGAUUUCCCCGUGGAUUUAUCACUUGCCACUCUUGAGUGGGUGCACACCUCCGAGACGCAUCUCACUCUCUCUCUUUUUGAAAAAAAACAUAUUUUUUUUUUUUUUGCGCUUAAUGUGACUCCACUGCAACAUUAUACUGGACUUAACUGACCACCACAGCGUGUUCGGCGCACCUGUUACCUCCACGGAGCGCAAGAUCAUGAUCCCUCCUGGAGACUGCAUGUACGCGGGCAGGAAGCGGAGGAAGCCCGUCCAAAAGCAGAAGCCGUCGUCUGUUAAUGAGAAAACGAACCCGUCCAAGCGGCACCGGGACAGGCUGAAUGCCGAGCUGGACCGGCUGGCCAGCCUGCUGCCGUUCCCGCCGGACGUCAUCUCCAAACUGGACAAACUGUCUGUGCUGCGCCUUGCAGUUUCCUACCUCCGCGUCAAGAGUUUCUUCCAAGCAAAUCAAGACAAGCCGCCAAGGAAGCACAUCAACGCUUCAUCCUCCAACCUCGAACCCGGCAGGAAAGAGAUUGCCCCAGUGGGCACGGGGGUCAACGAAAGCGGCCUGCUCUUGGAGUCCCUGACAGGAUUUGCCUUGGUGGUGAGCAGCGACGGGAUGGUCUUUUAUGCCUCUUCAACCAUUGUGGACUAUCUGGGAUUCCAUCAGACUGAUGUGAUGCACCAGAAUGUGUUCGAUUACAUCCACAUAGAUGACCGCCAGGAGUUCAGAAGCCAGCUACACUGGGCCAUGUGCCCUCCACAGCACCAGGGGCCAUCAGCACAUCAGGACGCCCAGCUCACUGCAGGGACUGGUGACGAGUUUGUGGUGAGCAGUCUGUUCCACUCUCCAGAGGCGGGGGGCAUUCCUCCUGAGCUCUCCUGCUUUCUCAACAGAUGUUUCAUAGCGAGGGUCCGAUGUCUCUUGGACAGCACAUCUGGAUUCUUGACAAUGCAGUUUCAGGGUCGGCUGAAGUUUCUCCAAGGACAGAAAAAGAAGUCUGCCUCCGGGGCUCCGCUUCCUCCCCAGCUGGCUCUCUUCUGCAUAGCUGUACCCCUUUUACUGCCCUCCAUUACCGAGAUGAAAAUGAAGAACAUGUUAAUGCGAGGAAAGAACAAGAGCGGAGGAGGGAUUAACUCGGCACUGGAGCAUGGAGAACGAGGCGAACACCUCCGAAGGCACUCCUUCAGUGGAGGAAUGGGCGACGUAGCAGACCCUCUCCUCCUCUCCUGUCCAACCCCUGGGGUCGCUCAGAGGGGCCACCACACUCCCUGGACCCCACUCACCAAAGAUAACCUCAAGUUCCGCCCUGACGGCUACUACAACCAGGAAGAGCCCCUCAAUUUCUGCAAGUCGUCAAUGUCUUCCCAUAAGGGCCUCGGUCCCGGCUUGGGGAGCGGUUGGCCUCUGCGGCCAAACUCGGGGCCCCUCAGAACGGGCCAGGGCGUUGGCUACAUCCCGACGAACCGCUCAAACAAGGCCGGCCAAUACGGGAAGCCGUACCGCCUUUCCCCUAGCUGCCACAGCGGCAGGAACGGGGAGGUGUUCGUCUCCAAGCUCUACGGGAGCCUGCAGAUUCCCGCAGACCCGGACGCCUACUGCGUGGAUUUAGUGAAGAGUGAGAACGGCUACGGCGAAUGCUACGACGGCCACCUGAUGCCGCCCAUCAAAGUAGAGCACGACUCUGACUCGGAGAACGGCUGCGAUCCCUUCGGGCGGCCCUGGGUGCAUCGGGAUCCGGACGCUCUUGACCGUCGCUUUGGUAACGGGGUAUACGAGCAGAACUCUGGCGUCCAGCUCAAAUCUGAGACGGAUUACUACGAUCUGCAGUACUCGCCUUGUCAACGGGGCAAAGCGGGAAUCAGUCCACCGUACAACAGUGGCAACUAUCAGAACUAUGCAGUGAACAACAGUGGACGUUUGUUAAAAUACGACAAAGACAUGGGCAAUAACAAUAACAACGACAACAGUCAGUUCAGCCCUCAGAGACUCUCUCACUCCCAAUGCAGUAAUCAAUCGGUCAACCUCAUCGACUCUCACGUGUACCAACAGGAGCCUCAAAAGCCAUACAUGCACCAGGACUUCAACAAGGACGGCACUUACGAGUUCAAAGGUCACGGGCUGAUCCAUUCCAUCAAACGGGAGCCCAUGGACUCCCCGCCGUGGUCCGAGGGCGGCCAUGACAUGAGCCAGCCCAUGAUGGUUGGUCCAAGGAACAUUAUGCCGUGUGUGAGCACAGGGCACCACAAAUCCAGCCCUUACAUUUAUAUGCCCUAGAAAAAAAAAAGUGAGUUGCCCGUCAUUUACUGUCAUUGACAACACACACACACAAAAUGUAGUGUAGUUUCCCGCUGUCCUACACAUUUACCAGCAUAAAAUGCAGGAGGUCAACAUUCGUCCGUUUGAUGAAGUGGUGACAAGCGAGGCUCAGGUUCUAGUGUUAGUGUUAUGACAAUCAAAAACAAGAGGUGGAAUCACAUUUAUGAAUAGUUGAUUUUGUCCUUUGUAGACCCGAGCACUUUUGGAUUGAGUGACAAUGAGUCAAAUAAUGUCCAGCCACACCAUUUAUUUCAUGUGUUGUGCACAACCUUUCGCUGUGAUGUUGUGAAACAAUUUGAACUCGGUACACAGCGAUUCACCUCUGCCACUUGGUUGAUUCAUGGGAGAUCAGUCUUCCGUUUUUAUGUUUCAAUGUGCUUGAAGAUCUUUGUACCUUAGUGGUAGUUUUGCAUGUUUCAGCACUUUAACUACAAUUUGCCCACAAAUGAACACUGGGAUUGUUUCUAUGCAUUAUAGCAGCAAAAUACAUCAGAUUACAAAGACAUGAAGUUAAUACACAUUGGAUCAUUUAAGAAUAGGUCAAAAAUAUACCGUGGCGCCUAAAGGUCCAACACAAUCACUUCUAAGAUGCUGGUCAACUUGCUUAAAUUUAGAUCAUCUUCCAAUAGAAAAGAGCAGGACAUGUAAUUAACGAAUUCCAGUGUCAGACUAUAGCCAUCAUUACAUUUUACAUAAUUCGCACAAGAUGUCAGCAUACCUCGCAUGAUGACGUGCUCUGCUGUUCGAGCAUUUAUUCGAAUCCAGUUUAAGGUCCCUGUACUAGUACGCUCUUUGUCUUCACUAGUAAGACAAUUCAGUGUAGUAACAUCUUUGCACUACUAGUGCAACUUUUGGCCUACUGGUAUACAAUUCAACCUUAUUAGUAAACUACAGAACUGCACUAGUAACACUGCUAGACCCAACUAGUAGGCAUGUGUCAGGUGCACGAUCAGCCUCCUGGACCCUACUAGUAUCAGCAAAAUAUCCACUUGACUUUGAACAGAUCAUUUCUAUUUGCAUUAUUGGAAAAAGUAGAAACCCUUUACAGAAACCUGACAGUAUUAUUGAGUAUAUGCAAUUUGCAGUUAAUUGACCAAAACAUGUAAAACUGGUGAUUCUGUUGCAGCUUUAAGUAUUAUUCACUACACUUUGUUAACAGACAAAACACUUUGUUUCUGUCUAAUUGGCAGGAUGGGAGUACAUGAGGAAAACCACAAACACAAAUGUGUAACAUGUUAAAGGUGCCUAUGUCUAAGUGGCACCAUUUAAAAGGCAUAAAACUCAUGUAAGAGCAUGGAUUUAAAAGUUAGAAUAAACACCAUUAACACACAAUGGCUGAUGUGAGUGUCAAACAAGUUGACAAAGGGUUAAACAAGCACAUUAUCAAUGGAAGGGUUAUUUUUGUCAACUCGUUAGUUUAAACUGAAGGAGUCUUCUGUCAAAGUGCACAAUAGCAUCUUGAACUUAAAUGAUAUUAUUGUCGAAUAUUUUCAUGUCACGUUAUGUUGUACAGUUUAGUGUUCACUAUAAGAUCAGCAUUUCUUUGCAGAUAUGACACUUUUUUUGUUUUGUUUUUUUUUGUUAACGUGGUUCAGUCAGAAAACAGACUUCACAAUCUGUGUUUUUGCACAACUAAAUGAAAAGCACCAAAUUAAUUCAAUCUCACAGGCUGAGUUCUGUGAUGCUACUGUGGUAGUUUCAAAAAUUGCACUACUGUGAGUAGUUCAGUUGAAGUUUUUUUUUUUUUUUUUUUUUUAAAUUAGUCAACACACAAGUGUACAUUGUGUCAUUGUAUUGAAUUUGUCUUUUGCUCAAUGUGUGUGCUCAUUUCAAUAACUGUUUGAUGAUUCAUAUUUAUUGUUAGGCAAAAGUGUAUAAUUUAAAAGCUGCAGUUUGAAGGCUUUUUUCCUUGUCUAAGGUAAAUCCAUGUGGCAUUUUCUUGCUACCAUUUUGAUAACUGUAAAAAAAAAAAAAAACUGCCCUACUUGUGUCAUUAAAUAGGUAGCUGCAAAGUAGUGAACACAGUGUAAAUAUGCAGUGUCUUCCAAUGUUUCUACGUGUUUUUGCAAAUGAGACUUAUCUAUUAAAAGACUA